GUUUUUCAGCUGUUGGAACUUGGUUUUUUAACACUAAAUAUUAAUUUUGCGGUAUGUUGAGUUUAGAUUUCCCUGCAGAUGGUACUUUGCCAAAAAAGGAGACUGGUGCAAAAUCAUUUCUUAACAAGUAUCCAGAAUACGAUGGUCGCAACGUGGUCAUUGCGAUUCUUGACACUGGCGUAGAUCCGGGGGCUUCAGGCUUGCAGUAUACAUCUGAUGGCAGGCCAAAAAUUAUAGAUAUAUAUGAUGCAACAGGAACAGGGGAUGUUAACACUUCAACAAUUGUGAAGGAACAGAAUGGAGAAAUCAUUGGCUUAACUGGCAGAGUUUUAAAGAUACCAGCAAGCUGGAACAAUCCAACAAGGGAUUAUCACAUUGGACUGAAAGUUGCGUAUCAAGUGUUUCCAAAAUCAUUGAAGGAGAGGCUCACAAAAGAAUAUAAAACAGAGGUGUUUGAUGUGCCUCACAGAGCAAAACUCACUCAGGCUUAUGCACAGUUAGAUGACUUUGAAUCUAAACAUAUAGAUCCAACUCAGAUGGACAAGUUGUUGAAAGAAGAUUACCAAGCUCAAGUGGAGAUCCUACAAAAUAUGGAUAAAAAGUUUGAUGAUUGUGGUCCCGUGUUUGACUGUGUGGUCUUUCAUGAUGGUAACACUUGGAGGGCUUGUAUUGACACAACAUGUGUCGGGGACUUGUACCUGUGCAAGCUGCUAGCAUCGUACAAAGAGGAAAGAGAGUAUGGAACAUUCAGUGAAAGUGACAUGAUGAAUUACGUUUUGAACGUUUACAAUGAUGGGAAUCUGUUGGAAAUUGUCACAAAUACUGGCGCUCACGGAACACAUGUGGCUUCAAUAGCAGCUGGUUAUUUCGAAAAUGAACCCGAGAGGUGUGGUGUGGCACCUGGGGCACAGAUUGUUUCUAUAAAAAUUGGAGAUGGAAGGCUACAGAACAUGGAGUCCGGCACGGCUCUUGUUCGAGCUAUGAUCCGAGUGAUAAACAGUGGCAUAGAUAUGGUAAACUACAGCUAUGGAGAGGCAUCAUGCUGGGGCGACUCAGGACGUGUCUUUGACGUGAUAAAUGAGGCAGUGCACAAGUAUGGAUUGAUAUUUGUAGCAGCGGCUGGCAACAAUGGACCUGCACUCUCGACUGUUGGAAGCCCUGGAGGAACCAGUUAUGGUAUCAUUGGGAUUGGUGCUUAUGUGUCUCCUGACAUGAUGAAGGCCAGCUAUUCAAUGAGGGAACAGCUUCCAACUAUGCAUUACACAUGGUCGUCUAGGGGACCUGCAUUUGAUGGCUCAUUGGGGGUUUGUGUGUCUGCCCCUGGAGCUGCUAUCACCUCAGUUCCCAACUGGACACUCAAGUGCUCGCAACUGAUGAACGGUACCAGCAUGAGUUCACCCAAUGCAUGUGGAGGCAUUGCUUUGUUGCUGUCCGGUUUGAAGCAGAACGACAUGCCUUACACUCCAUACAGUAUCAGAAGGGCUCUUGAAAACACUGCAUAUGUUCUUCCGGGUGUCGAUCACUUCACGCAAGGUCAUGGACUGAUCAAGGUGGAAGAGGCUUUUGAAUAUUUGAGAAAGUUUGGUGACGUUGCAGAGCGAAACAUGAGAUUCGUAGUGACUUGUGGCAGUCAUCCAGGGGACCGACCACUGAGGGGGGUGUACCUGAGGGAACUGAGUGACGUCAUGGCACCUUCCGAUCACAACAUCUCCAUCGAACCCAUCUACAUUGAUAAGUCUGUGGCCAAUCAGGAAAAGAUUCAGUUCAACGUGACUGUGGCCCUAUCCUGUGACGUCACAUGGGUCCAAUGCCCCAGCCACUUUCAGUUGAUGAACGACAAGAGAGUCUUCAACAUCAGGGUCAAUCCUUUGGUCCUUGAAACUGGUGUUCAUUUCACUCAGAUAUUGGCGUAUGACAUAUCGUGCAUAGAGAAGGGACCUCUCUUCAGGAUUCCUAUCACUGUCAUCAUUCCACAGAAAGUGGAAGAAAGACCUGCGUUCAUAACGACGAAUGUGAAUCUCUGCAACAAUAGCAACAACAGCAACAGCAGCAUCAUCAGUAACAGUAGUUGUUCUCUGCUCUGGGCCAACCUGAACUUCAAGGCUGGCGAAAUCAAGCGAUACUUCAUUCACGUGCCGCAUGGCGCUACUAGGGCCUCCCUUUCGGUGAUGUCCUCCCCAAUGGAGGAGCAGGGGGCCAAGUUGUACAUCCACUGCACGCAGCUGGUGCACGAGAAGAGGUAUAAGUACAUGAACUUUGAGAAGUUUGCCCAUCUCGAUGGAGAUUCCAUCGUCAAGUGUGAAUUCCCUGUCGUGGGAGGCAAAACAUUGGAGCUGGCACUGGCCCGUUGGUGGUCCUAUCUCGGGAGCAUCACGGUGAAUGUUCAUGUUGAGUUUCAUUCCUUACUGCCCGACUCCAUUGCCCCUGUCAUGAUCGUAUCAGAGGGUAUAUUCAGACUUGACGUAACUUCAUUCUUGCAGUCGGAGGAUAUCUCGCCAGCCAUCAUCCUCAAACAUCACGUGCAGCCCUUAAGACCAUGUGACAACAAGAUUCGUUGUUUAUUGGACGAGAGAGACCAGCUGAUAGGCCACCCGCCAAUCAAUGCCCUCGAACUCACCUACAACUUCUCCAGAGCCAAACAGGGGGAGGUGACGCCUGACUUCAGUUUGCUGAACAAGUUGCUGUACGAGAAUGAAUAUGAAUCUCAAAUGUGGAUGCUGUACGACGCAAACAAACAACUACUCUACUGCGGAGACGCAUACACGAAUAUGUACACGGCUAAGCUGGAGAAAGGAGAUUAUGUAUUGAAGAUGUUCAUUCGUCACGAGAAGAGAGAUAUGCUGGAGAGGCUGAAGGACACCCCCAUCAACUUGCACCACAAACUUCCUUCAAACAUCAACCUGGACGUCUAUCCCAAUCUUCAGCAAGCACUGAUUGCAGGCAAGAAGUUCAACUGCUCUGUGACUCUUCACAAGCACCACAGCCUGCCUGUCUAUACCAUAGCUAUCCAUGAAGAUAAGUUACCAAAAGGAGUCCAACCUGGUCACUUUCUCACGGGCACCAUAUCCUUCUCUAAAGAUGAGAAUGCCAAAAAAGUGGAGUUUUUUCCGUUCAAGUACGUGGUACCGGAGAACAUCAAGAAGUCGAAACCUCCUUCAACAUCGACGCCAUCGUCAUCCUCAUCAUCUCCCACAAGCACUCCACAGCCAAACAUCAACAACAUAUCACCACCACAUCCAGCAUCUCCGGCGGCGCCGGUGACAAACAACGUUCAGACGCCUACUCAGAACACUUCCACUUUGGUUUCCGUUGAACCGCCAUCCAUCGUUCCGGUUGAUGCAGUGGCCAAGGUGGACAAGUCCUCGAGGCAAACGGAAUUUGAAGUGGCUGUGCAUGAGUUCAAGGCUUCGUGGAUCACCAAAUUGGAUGCCGAGUAUUCAGCGCAGUUGUUUGAGGAGCUGACGUACGACCGACCUUCCGAUAUCGUCCUUUACAUCAACCGACUGAUUGCUCUCGACGCCGAUAAGGACCGCACCAAGAAGCUGACCCAAAUUAUCGAGGUGGGUGAGAAGGCGGUCACCUUACUGGACAUCAACAAGAUUGUCUCUUACUUCAGCAUUAAAAAUGAUGCUUACCAACAGCAAAACAUUAAGGCAGCAAUGGAGAAGAGCAAGUCUCAGUUAAUUGAUUGCCUCAUACGACUUGGAUGCGCCCUCUGUGACUACCUUAUCGAGAAGCGCAACUCGGAAAACGAGGCCACCUUACCACCUGCAACAACAUCUACCACGACCCUCUCAUCUAACAACAACUACACGUUCUCGCGUGUUGAUGAAAUCAUGUCAGAUGUUCUCAAAUUGACUGACGUUAACGAAUCUAAGGUGUACCAGUUCAAUCUGAGGCAUGCAAUUGUACACCAACAUUACGGAAGGGCACUGAAGCUGCUUCUAAAACAGGCAGACGACAAGGGAAAUUCUCUCGACAUUGAUGAGAAAAUUAUUGAAAUCUGUGGCUUUUUGCACUGGGAUCACCUGGUGAAGCACCUCCGAAGGUGGCUCCUCGUCAAAUAUCCAGCAUCCUACCUACCGUUUUAAUUCGAGAAUGGCAUUAAACUCAUCAUAAUAUUCAUUCGAAUUUCGAUAAGAAUAUUUAAUGUUGUCUCGUUUUAUUCAUGUAAUAUUAUAUAUGUAUGUAUGUUAUAUGUGUGUAGACUUUAUUCUCGUGAAUUUAUUUAAACACGAUAAAUAGUUUUGAUUAUUUGAAAUUUUUAAUGGUAUCUCACGUUUAGAGAUAUUCAACUUGCCCUAAUAUUAUAGUAAGUUGAGUAGUCUAUAUUUAAUUUUUAUCAAAUUCAAAUUUUUACAGCUGAAUAUUCAAUUUAUAUCGACUUUUUGUCCCAGAUAGUACAUACAUUUUAUUGAAACAUUCGACGUAAUGUAUUUUUCAUUCUGUUUUAGAUACUUAAAUUUAUGUUCAAAUUAUUUUAAACAAAAUUUUAAAUGCAUUGUCAGUGUGCAGUGUUUUUCCAUCUGUGUUCCUUCACAAUGUCUGCCAGAUCUUUCAUGUUCCAGACAACCUUCAUUGUUUGGAAAAUAUUCAAGUG